GAAGGGAAUAAGCUAAAAUAAACUUAAAACCAGACCACUAAAACUUAAAAUUCUGUGUCCGUAAUUGUAACCACACCUAGAAUUGAUUACCUACAUUGGCUAUUGUCAAUAAACAACUACCAAUUAACGUUAAACUCUUUGUUAAAACAUUUCAUACGAAACGAGAGGUCUUAUAAAAAUGGCCAAGAAAAUUCUCCACAGCCAAUUCAAAAAGACCUUCUUGGAAGAAUACUUUCUAUGCUAAUGAGUGGUCUUCUGAAAUUGGUAUUAUUAUCAUUUUAUCAGUGACUCGGACUUCUGAGAUAUGAUAAACGUUUCGAUAACAUGUAAAGCAUUAUAAAAAAAUUAUAGAUUAUCCUGUGCAUUUUGGGUUUUGGUAAUUGUGAAUUACAGUUUUUCAGUGCUUUAAUUCGUUUAGUGUUAUUUUUUUGUGUUCAAAAUGCGUGAAAUUGUCCACGUACAAGCAGGGCAGUGUGGUAAUCAAAUCGGCACCAAGUUCUGGGAGAUCAUAUCCGAUGAACACGGCAUUGAUCCAACUGGGUUGUACAAAGGGGAGAGUGACCUACAGCUGGAAAGACUCAACGUUUACUACAAUGAAGCCUCUGGGGGUAAAUACGUACCUCGGGCGGUUCUCGUGGACCUGGAGCCUGGCACCAUGGACUCGGUGAGGUCCGGCCCGUACGGACAGCUCUUCAGACCUGAUAACUUUGUCUUCGGGCAGAGUGGGGCAGGUAACAACUGGGCCAAAGGUCAUUACACCGAGGGUGCUGAGUUGGUGGACUCUGUACUCGAUGUCAUCAGAAAAGAGGCUGAAGGAUGCGACUGCCUUCAAGGCUUCCAACUGACCCACUCCCUGGGAGGGGGGACAGGAUCCGGUUUGGGCACGCUGCUCUUGAGCAAGAUCAGAGAGGAGUUUCCUGACAGAAUCAUGAAUACAUUCAGUGUGGUGCCAUCGCCAAAGGUGAGUGAAGUUGUGCUGGAGCCGUACAACGCGACGCUUUCGAUGCAUCAGCUUGUGGAGAACACGGACAUGUCCUUCUGCAUCGACAACGAAGCGCUAUACAACAUCUGCUUCAGAACGCUGCGGUUAAGCAGCCCGAGCUACGGCGACCUCAACCACUUAAUUUCGUUAACGAUGUCCGGGGUGACCACGUGUCUCCGUUUUCCCGGACAACUGAACGCGGACCUGAGGAAGCUAGCCGUCAACAUGGUGCCAUUUCCUCGGCUGCACUUCUUCAUGCCUGGAUUCGCGCCGCUGACUGCGCGGAACUCUUUCAACUACCGACCCCAGAAUGUUUCAGAGCUGAUGAGUCAAAUGUUUAACCCUGGGAACAUGAUGACGGCAUGCGAUCCGCGCCACGGACGGUACCUCACCGUCGCCACGAUGUUUAGAGGUCAUAUGUCGAUGAGGGAGGUCGACGAUCAAGUGCUAGCUAUACAGAACAAGAACUCGAGUUACUUCGUGGAAUGGAUCCCGAACAACCUCAAAGUUUCUGUCUGUGACGUGCCGCCAAGAGGGCUCAAAAUGUCCGCCACAUUCAUCGGCAACUCGACAGCAAUACAGGAGAUAUUCAAACGCAUCUCCGAGCAAUUCACUGCCAUGUUUAGGAGAAAGGCUUUCCUCCACUGGUACACGGGCGAGGGUAUGGAUGAGAUGGAGUUCACUGAAGCUGCCAGCAACAUGGCGGACCUCAUAUCCGAAUACCAACAGUAUCAGGAGGCAAACGUAGAAGACGAAGAAGUUGGUUUCGAUGAAGAAGAAGAAGAGGAAGAACCAGUAUUCGAGGAGAAGGACAUGGUUCACAUGCCACUGUAAUAUAACUAC